GUGAUAUUGCGUUCCACUCGGACGGUGCCAGGAGUGCAGCCUUCCCCGUUUCUGCCAGCCCGGUCCUCACGUUGGAACGCCGCGAAGACGUAUAAGGCGAACAUACUAGUGGUCCCCGGGAGAUGGCCGUUUGCCAGAGACGGAAAGAUCAGCAGCAGCUUCACAUCCAGCCGGACUGUGCGGAGAAGGGCGCCUCGUCUGCAUUCAUCCACGAAAGUGGAGGCACAGGUGGCAUGAAGCGUUCCGGCGUCAGCAACGGCUGCGUCAAUGCAAUUCCUGCGGUGUCGCCUGGCGCAGCGGCGCCUUGCUCAGACGCGACGCUGCGUUCGGUCUGUUUUUAUGGGCUAACGUACACAUUCGCCCCGGGGCGCUUCUUCGUCGACAAACCCACCUACUUGACGGAGAGCCACCACAAGACCAAGCUCGAGUUGCAAGCUGCCUCCACCCUCUGCGAUCACGACAUCGACGUUAUCGAGAAGAUCAAACACGCUCGAUUAGCGCAGUACCCGAAGCCAAGCGGUAGCUACGUGAACUUCCAAGAGACAAAGACUAGCGCCACGUGUGAAGCGAACGCUGGCGUCGGCAACGACGACGACGAUGACGAUGAUGCGGCUACGAGAGCGCUACGGCAACGCCCAGCUGGACCCGACCGCCGUCGAGCAUGAUCCGUGGGAGGGACUCGAAGACGUCGACAACGGACCCGUAGUAACGGCAUACGGGACGGUGUCCGUUCACAGGAGCUCUCGCGCGGGCGUUGUCAUUUCAGCAGGCGAGCAGGUCGAGCAAGUGGCGGCCACCGUGCACUGAAUGGUUGCUUCGAGAACCCUAGACGACCCCAGCUGCUUACACCAACAGUGCGGCUGCGACACUGCAGAAAGGCGUGAAUCCUUCACAUGGCCACUGGAAGCCGUCCAGUCAAAAUAUCUAGGAUCGGAUAUUUUGAAGAAAAUCAACAACGAAAAUAGAGUUUGUUACGUUUGUUUUUGUGGAUUGCAUAUGCAAGAUGGGCUGACAUUAUUAUGUUUAAAAUAAAUAACAUGUUUCAUUUGCGAA